CCCCACCUUUUUCUUUUCCCCCUCUCUCUCUCUCUCUACACAUAUAUUCAUUUCUCUCUCUAUAUAUAUUCAUCAUCUCUUUUAUGCACUCAUAAGUUUUACUGUUGUGAUACAUAGCCCAUCUUCAAAGCAAGGGAGAGAGAGAGAAUAAAAAAAAGCUUCUCAUUCUAUUUCAUAGUUCUUGUUCUUGUUCUUGUUCUUCAUUCAAAUUUCUCUACAUAAACAUGUCGAGCUGUGUUGAUGUUGUGCCAGAGCAACUCUGCUACAUACCUUGCAACUUUUGCAAUAUCGUUCUUGCGGUGAGUGUUCCAUGCAACAGCUUGUUUGACAUGGUGACCGUCCGAUGCGGACACUGCUCCAAUCUAUGGUCGGUGAACAUGGCAGCUGCAUUUCAGUCACUUUCUUGGCAAGAUACUCAGGCGUCCAAUACUUCCCCAGAUUACAAGAUUGACUUUGGUUCCACAUCGAAAUGUAACAACAAGGCGACAGUCCGACCACCACCAAUUGCAAACACUGCCGUGGAAAGAGCUGUGAAUCGACCUCCCGAGAAGAGGCAGCGAGUACCUUCUGCAUAUAACCAGUUCAUAAAAGAGGAGAUUCAGAGGAUCAAAGCCAACAAUCCAGAUAUCAGUCACAGGGAAGCUUUCAGUACUGCUGCAAAAAAUUGGGCACACUUCCCUCAUAUCCAUUUUGGAUUAAUGUUGGAGAGCAACAACAACCAAACUAAACUUGAUCAGGGAUCUGGGAAGCAUCUAAUGCCAAGGACUUCCGUGCUGAGAAAAUGAAAAUGUUGAUCAUAUGUGGCAUCCCCAUCAUAGAAUUGAAGAAUGGGAUAUGAGAAAGCAUCUAUUGCCAAGGCCUUCCUUACUAAACAAAUGAGAAAAUGUUGAUCUUCUGUGGCAUCCCCAUAUUGUGGAAAUGAAGAAAGCCUUAACUUUAAUGUGUUUUAAGGACAUAAAAACUAUAUAUCUUUGUUUAUUUUUAUUUUUCCAAGUUGUGUACUAGAGAUGCUAUGUUUAUGUCAUUACUAAGUCAAAACUACUUUGUUUGUCAUUUUCAUCAAUCCACCACCUCUCUAUUGCACUUUA